AUGAGUUCGAUACAAGAUGCUGCAGAUUUGAAACGUCGAAAAGAAGAGUUUGUUACCGGUCAUUCAGGAAGUUCAAUUGCCGAUUUAAGAGAUGUCACAUUAGCAGGCAUUUUAUGUAACGCUGCUUGGAUAUUCAUCGUUUCAAGAAACCCUUGGCUAAAGCACUCAUUCUGGCUUGAUUUCUCUCUAAAUUGGUUGAGUCUACUUUUCAGCGUUACCAUUUUUGGAGAGCAGCCGUUGCUUACUUGUAUGAUCGCUCUAAGUGCUUUAGGUGUUCUUACAAAUGCACCAAAAGGUAUGCCAAAACAAAAGGAAGAAAAGCGUAAUGAUGGGCAAUCAGCAACUUUAACAGUAUACAGAAGCACCAUGUUAAUCUUAACUUCUUUUGCAAUUCUUGCCGUUGAUUUCCCUAUUUUCCCCAGAAAGUAUGCUAAAGUGGAAACAUGGGGAAUCUCGUUGAUGGAUUUAGGUGUUGGUUCAUUCGUUUUCAGUAACGGAAUAAUAAGCUAUAGAAGGUUCAAAAAGAGCUCACAACUCUCUAGGCUAGCAAGAAUUAGAGAAUCUCUCAGGUCUACUUUAAUACUAUUAGUAUUAGGAUUGAUUCGUCUUUUCUCCGUUAAAGCUACUAAUUAUCAGGAACAUGUUACGGAAUACGGUGUUCAUUGGAACUUUUUCUUCACGUUGUCACUACUUCCUCUCGUAUCAAUUGCAUUCGACUUCUUCAGUAUGAAAUUAAGGUUUGCGUUAGGCUUAAUUGGUGCCCUUGUAUACGAAUAUUAUCUGAUGUCUUCUCCAACUUUUCUGGACUAUUUACUCAAUGCAGAUAGAACAGAUUUCAUUUCUGCAAAUCGAGAGGGUAUUUUCUCAUUUGUCGGCUAUUGUAUUAUCUACUUGUGUGGCCAACAAGUAGGUAGUAUUAUCUUCUCGAAUUCUGAUACAAUGCAAACAUUAUGGAGAUUAUUGAGAUAUACAAUACUCAGUUUCCUCAUUUCCUACUUUUUAAUUAACAAUCAUCCGCUACAAAUCUCAAGAAGGUUCGCAUCAUUGGGAUACUCAUCAGUUGUCACUACUUUCAAUUUAUUGAUCCUAACAUGCUAUCAUAUAAUCGUAGAAUGUUUUGCAGGGGGCGCGUUUGUUUCUGAUACAUAUGUUGCAGUUAACAAAAAUGGUAUGGCGAUGUUUUUGGUCUCAAACGUUAGUACUGGUAUGAUAAAUUUCACUUUUAAUACGAUUGACUCUUCACCUUCAAAAUCAAUGACUAUAUUGAUUGUCUACGCACUAUUCCUUGCAAUAUUUGCAUUAAAGGUUCCUUUUAAAUUAAAAUUAUAA